AUGCUCUGAGGUGCGGGGAGUGUCUUGGGUUCCCAGCGCUCCCAGUUUGUGAAGCGAAACAGUAAUUGAGAGCUCUGUGGGUUUCCUGAAGUGGCAGAGGUAGCUGUCAGCAGUGUGCUGCUGUGAUGCCUCUCCAGAGCUCAGUGCAAGAUUCAUCUCCUUGGAAUAAAUGAAGAAAGUGACUAUGAAAGCACAGCAUCUACCUUCUGUUUCCAUCAAUGAGGAGAAGUUCAUAACCAGAGAGCAACUCAGUUCACUUCUGAAGACUUAUAACUCUUACUAUUCUGACCAAGAAAACCUGCAACUGUCACGUACUCAGCGAGAAGGAAGCAAACCAUUUAUUGAAGGAAUCUUGUCAAUAUUUUGGGGCAUCCGACAUCCCAUCCGAUUAAAAAUUCAGGAUGAGAAGCAGAUACCCUCAUUUGUAACCCUAAAGUCUUUGGAGAAUGUGGGUUUGUUCCCUAGUAAAAGGGGAAUGACACGCUGGGGAGAAUUUGAUGACCUCCAUCACAUUAGUGGGGAAACGCUGAAAUCUGCUGAAGAAAAGGCAAACCUUGAGGAAAGUUAUUCCUGUUAUGAAAGCCGCACACUGACACCCAGGAGCCAGCAGGACCAGGACUGUGCCACCCUGUCCCGGGCUGGCAGCACCGUGGUGGCUCUGCGGAGCAGGACCUGGCUACCUGCCAUUGCCAGGGCAGAAGCAGAAACUCACAGGUUUUCAAUUAAUGGCCACUUCUAUAAUCAUGAGACGUCAGUUUUUACUCCAGCUUUUGGAUCAGAAACCAAAAUAAGAAUCAACAGCCAGAUGAGAACAAGACAAGUAAUAGAACAACUGCUUCAGAAGUUUAAGAUAGAAAACAGCCCCCAUGAAUUUGCACUUUAUAUUAUCCACGCGUCUGGAGAGAAGAAGCAACUGAGGAGUGGGGAUGUCCCCUUACUGCACAGACUGCUGCAGGGUCCCUCAGAGAAGAUUGCCAAGUUCUUCCUCAUGGACAGAGAUGUAGAAGAGAUCAGCAGUGAUGUUGCUCAAUAUAUUCAGUUUCAUCUUCCCUUUUUGGAAUCGAUUCUGCAUAGAAUAAAUGAAGAAGAACAACAGGAGAUUCAACAGACAAUUUCAAGGCAAAUAGAAGGAAAAGUGGGGUCACUUUGAAGCUGGGAGAAUAUUCACAAUUAGGGGUUGGCUCGAGAAGGGAAUGGGUUUCUGUAGCAGAGUCACAGUGCUGCAAUUACUUAAGUGAGGCUUGGUGGGAUUUAUCCUCUUUUACAUAUUCUUCAUAACCAGAUGAGGUGCUGCUGUUAAAGACUGAAGAAUAAAUACUGACCACCCAUUUAAGGGGUGAUUGUUCCAGCAGAUUCUGGCUUUCAGUGUCACUUUUAUUUUUACUUGGUUUAUUUUCUGAGCCUCACACUGGUUCCUUGGUUUCUACUUGCUGCUGUGUAUUUCCCUGGACUUGGGCAGCACAGCAUUUAAGGGAGCUUAGUGCUAAUUUCUCAGUGUCUCUUUAAAACCUGACUUGUGAUAAAUGUUGCAAGUUCUUGUGGUCGUAGCUCAAAAUGCACAACCAGUACACAUUAGAAACACAGUGGUGUUUCUGAACAGGUAUAUGGGUCUUGAGCACAAAAGCAGUGGGAGCCUGCACCAGCCGUGGAUCUGUUAGGAACUGACUGUGUGAUAAUCUCUUUUUGAAUCAAAGUGGCCAGGAAAUAUAUAGAAAAAAAAUAGAGAAUGGCAGUUGCUAUGGGAAAAGCUUUCAUGACAAUGUUUUUCAGCCAUUCAACUUGCCUUGUUAGAGUUUGGAUUGAAGUUUUGCAAGAUUGUGUUGCUGAAAUGCCUUUUCUCUCUCUUUCUCUCUCCAUCUCAGGUACCUGAGAGAGAAGAGAUUGAUAUGUCAGCACCUUCACAGUCGAAGUGCUCGAAGAACAGAGACCACAGUUUGAGUUGAAGGGCCUGUUGUGAACGCCCCACACUCCUGCCUAAGGAAGGUCAGCACACUGGAGUGAGCAGGAUGGGACCUCAGAGCCCUGACAGUACAGGGGGGUUCUAUGUGCUGAAGCUUCUCUUCAUAAUUAUGCACCUGAAACUGAGCCUGCUCCCCUGCAGCUCUGGACAUGAGUUGGGAACUACCCCAGAAGAUGCAGUAGAUCCCCCAAAAGACUUAAUAUAGCUUAAGAUAAGGGGAAAAUUGCUAUGAAAAGCAUAAGGCUUUAAAACCUAUGAAUUUAUAGACCAUUAUGAAAAAUCUGGCAUCUGACAAAACCCCUUCAAUAGCCAGUGUGUUAAUUGUACAGGAAAUAGGAGAAUUAUAUAUAUGGGUUUACUUCUAUUAGAGAAAUGUUGAAUUACGUUAGAAGUAGAGGUAAAUGGCAAAUGAUAUUUAUGUAUCUAAGGUUGCAGUUAAGCUUUUCACUUAAAUUAAAACCCCCCAAAAUAUCUGUGCAAGAGACUGAAAUCCCUCCGGCUUCAGAACAGCAGAUGUUCAACUUGGUUAAGCUUUGAGCUGUGAUUAGAAAAAUACAAAUGGAAACCUUCCCACCUAAUAGCUUCUCAGUUCCUCAACAAAAGGAUGAACUUAUGUCUGCAAUAUCCCUUGAACUGCCAACUAAGAGCUCAAACUAAACACUUGAAUUUGCUUAUGGGGUCCUGGGAGGCACCUCAGAUUUUUUUGUUGCUGAAACAAAAGAUUCCAAGUUAAUUCCUUAGAUUUUUUUAAUCUAAAGAUGUAAAUAAGUGGUCUGUGAGGGGUAGACUUCAUGGCCUCAGUGCAGUGUGUGCAGUCUACCCUUGUGCAGAGUGCUGGGUCUUCUCCAAAUGGGUCCUGCUUAAUACUAAAGCUCAAACUGUAGCAAUGUAAAUAAAAUCUGACUUGUGCCCGAGGAAUUGCCCUCCUGUGUUAGUUUGUCUCUAUUACAUGGUAUCUGUGCUUUGCAUCAGCUACCUGAUGCAGAUAGUGAGAUAAACACUGUUAGAAGAAAAGAAUCACCAUACAAGAAAUGGUGCCUCUGAAUCUUAUAGAAUAAAUCAAACAUGGAAAAUGACAUUGUCUGAGAUGAUGGUGAUUUAAAAAUGACAGUAACUGAAAGUCAUAAUUGAAGAUAUUGUGGUUUGGGCCAAGGGUUUUUUUGAUGCAGUCUAUUAUAGUCUUGCCUAGAAAAUAAUUAUGGGCAAGGGAGCACAGAGGGGAGAAAUAAAGGUAAUUCAGCAGUUAAGAUGCAUAUUUUUAAGUAAUAGUUGCCUUACAGGUGCAAAUCUAAGUUCCUUGAAGCACCAGAAGCGUGUAUGCAGGCAUCAUGGACAUGUCCCCACGGCCCACUCAAGUACCUGUUACCCAAGCUGUUGGAGGCGUGAAACUUACCCUAAACCAUCAGAGGUCAUGAAAUGUCAGAUCUCUGUGCAGUCUGAAGAAGACCAUGGCCAAGUUCUCAGCCAAACCCAAGCAGAAGUGGCUGUUUCAGCCAUGUCAUGGGUGGAUGAUUUUGUUCCUCUAAGGCCAGGUGAGAUUUGAGCACCAGGUGCAAUAGCAAUGCACCAUGGAAAAGGUGCUAGAGCAGACAUAGAGUGUUGUGUGGAUCUCUGUGCUUGGUUCCACCUAAAUUUCUGUAAAGGCAAGUUGGAACCUGUUUGCAAAGCAAUGUUCAGUUAGAUCAAAUUCAGGAGCAGGGACAUAGCUUGUCUGAACUCACUGAGAAAGGGCAAGUGCUACAGAGAUCUUGGCCUGUGCUGUAGCAUCUUUCUCAUUUGAACCAGGAAAGGGUAUUGGAGUAUUUUCAUUCAGAACAGGGUGUUUCUAUUACAUAUUUAUUUUCCUAAAUGCUUGAGUAAUUGUGUGAAGGUGAAGUUAUGAGAACAUUGGAAUAUGAAAUAUUAAUAAUUCCUUGGUCUGCAAGGAAUUUAAAAGAUAAAUCAAUGCUCAGACCAUAUGGAAAAGAGAAAAAAUGUUUUCAAGCAGGCUUUUCAGUCCUCUGUGCGUGAGCGCAAUUCCUAAACCGAGCCAUUUGUGCCACCUUCUGGUGCUGAAAUACUUUCAUUUCACUUGUCCGGCUGGACAGGGACAGAAGUAUGCUGGGAAAUGACUAUGGGACAAUGCGUAGACCAACUGGAGCCUGCUGGGUUUGAAGAGCUACUGCAAUAAAGCUUUAGCCUUGCUCUGCUGGAUACAAGGAAUAAUUUCUGACAAAUACAGGUGAGAACAGGCAGAAAAUUUAUUCCAAAGGUUUACUGGAUAUUGCAGGUAACACAGCAGUGAAAAGCAGAGGGGACAGGGGCAAGGGGCCUUGCUUUUGGAUGGGGAGCCUAAGCCAUUAACCAUACAGACAGCAGUGAGAAUCUGUCUCUUACUUGUAUUUGUAUGACUGAGCUUCCCCUUGAGGAAAAUCUCAAGUCAUCACUGAUUUAAAAUAAAAA